CGAUAGACAACGCUUUGUGUCGAGACUCUUGUUUGGAGGUUGAGGAGUUGAGUGGGGUGCAGGGGUCGGGAGAGGGUGGAGUUACCUUACACUGCCCCCUUUGUCUGUUGCAGGACCCGGCUGAUGCAGAGCUUCAAGGAAUCGCACUCACACGAGUCUCUCCUCAGCCCCAGCAGUGCCGCAGAGGCUCUGGAACUGAGCAUUGAUGAGGAUGCCAUCAUCAAACCCGUACACAGCAGUAUCCUGGGACAAGAGUUCUGCUUCGAGGUGACCACGCCCUCUGGAACCAAAUGCUUUGCCUGCCGGUCAGGGGCCGAACGGGACAAGUGGAUUGAGAACCUUCAGCGGGCGGUGAAGCCCAACAAGGACAACAGCAGGCGUGUGGACAACGUAUUGAAGCUGUGGAUCAUCGAGGGCAAGGACCUGCCGCCCAAGAAGCGUUACUACUGCGAGCUUUGCCUGGACGAGAUGCUGUACGCCCGCACCACCAGCAAGGUGAAGACGGACAACGUGUUCUGGGGGGAGCACUUUGAGUUCAACAACCUGCCGUCUGUCCGCAACGUACGCAUCCACCUGUACAAGGACACGGACAAGAAGAAGAAGAAGGACAAGAGCAACUAUGUGGGCCUGGUCAACAUCCCCAUCAGUAGCGUGGCCAGCCGCCAUUUUGUGGAGCAAUGGUACCCGGUCAGCCAGCCCAGCUCCAGCCGCGGCAAGACCAGCGGGCCCACCAUCCGCAUCAAGUCCCGCUACCAGACCAUGAACAUCCUCCCCAUGGAGCUGUACAAGGAGUUUGCCGAGUACGUCACCAACAACUACAAGAUGCUGUGCGCCGUGCUCGAGCCCGUGCUCAGCGCCAAGAACAAGGAGGAGGUGGCCUGCGCGCUGGUGCACAUCCUGCAGAGCACGGGAAAGGCAAAGGACUUCCUCUCGGACAUGGCCAUGACGGAAGUCGACCGCUUUGUAGACCGUGAGCACUUAAUAUUCCGCGAGAAUACCCUGGCCACCAAGGCGAUCGAAGAGUACUUAAAGUUGAUCGGUCAGAAAUACCUCAAGGAUGCAAUUGGUAGGUUGGUGUACGUGACCGCCACUCUCACUGCUACCGACACUCCAUUAACACAGGGGGAGUUCAUCCGAGCGCUGUACGAAUCGGAGGAGAACUGCGAGGUUGACCCAGCCAAGUGUACCUUCUCCACCUUGGCCGAUCACCAGGCCAACCUGAGGAUGUGCUGCGAACUGGCACUCUGCAAGAUCGUCAACUCCCAUUGCGUUUUCCCCCGUGAGCUGAAGGAGGUGUUUGCCUCCUGGAGGCACCGCUGUGCGGAGCGUGGGAGGGAAGACAUCGCCGAUCGCCUCAUCAGCGCCUCCUUGUUUCUCCGCUUCCUCUGCCCCGCCAUCAUGUCGCCCAGCCUCUUCAACCUGAUGCAGGAGUAUCCAGACGACAGGACCUCCAGAACCUUGACCCUCAUCGCAAAAGUCAUUCAAAACCUGGCCAACUUCACCAAGUUUGGGAGCAAGGAGGACUAUAUGUCGUUCAUGAACGAGUUUCUGGAGCUGGAGUGGGGCAGCAUGCAGCAGUUCUUGAUGGAGAUCUCCAACCCCGACACCGUGACCAAUGCCGCCAGCUUUGAGGGCUACAUCGACCUGGGCAGAGAGCUCUCCACCCUCCACUCCCUUCUCUGGGAGGUCCUGCCUCAACUCAGCAAGGAAGCGGUGAUGAAGUUGGGACCUCUGCCUCGCCUGCUCAACGACAUCAGUGGAGCCCUGAGGAACCCAUCACACGUACAGAGGCAGUCAAGUCAUAUAGUGGAACGUUACAUGGGCCCCAGCAUCAACCGAGCUGUUUCCUCCGACCUUCAGAAGUACACAGUUAAAGAUCUGAACAGCUCUAUCGACAUGACGAGGCUUCCGUCCCCGACCAAGGAGAAGGGGAAGGACGUGUUCUACGUGACACGGCCCCCCCUGGCGCGCUCCUCGCCAGCGUACUGCACCAGCAGCUCGGACAUCACGGAGCCCGACCCCAAGAUGAUGACCACCAACAAGAGUAUUUCCAUGAUGGACCUGCAAGACAGCAGGAGCAUAAACAGCAUCAGCAACCUACAGACCGUCGGGGACAUGUUGAACAGCAGCCAGGCCUCUAUCGGCACCACAGUAGGCCUCAGGCCUAGCCGGCUGUCCCAGGGCAGUGGUUCCAGCGUGUCUGGGGGCCUGAGGCUUGGGCAGAUGGGGAUCACCACGGACAGCUUGCACGGGCAGCUGAGGGUCCCCCUGUCCUUCCAGAACCCGCUCUUCAACAUGACGUCGGACGGGCCGGCCAGCCUGCGUACGCCGGCCGACCCUGGGGCCGGCCUGCUGGGUUACCACGGCUACAGCAAGAGCGAGGACCUGUCGGCCAACAAGCAGAUCUUCCACAGCCACAGCUACAGCGACGAGUUCGCCCGGCAGAACAGCGAGUUCAGCCGGCGGCAGCUGUCACUGACCGACAACCUCCAGCACAUGUUGUCCACGCCGCCCACCAACAUCGGGCCGCAGCGGCGCAUUGACCAGCCGCCGCCGCCCCCGCCACCGCCCCUCGUCCGGGGCAAGACCCAGCAGCUGACGGUCAGCGCCGCCCAGCGACCACGGCCGCCCAGCGCCAACCUGCUCCAGUCGCCCGCUGAGCCGGCCCACCCCGCCAAGGUCCGGCAACAGUCCAUCAUGGCCAAGACCGAUGCACCAGCCCCCAAAUCUGCCAUCAACAAACAGGCCUCCCACUCCCCAUCCACGCUGCACCCCGUCACCCCGUCUGAGCGGACAGUCGCCUGGGUGACCAACAUGACCCACCUCUCCGCCGACAUCGAGAGCUCGCACCUGGAACGGGAAGAGUACAAACUGCGGGAAUACUCCAAAUCCAUGGAUGAGAGCAAGACUCAGUACGAGGAGGAGAUACUCUCCCUGAAGGAGCGGCUGCAGAUGUCCAACCGCAAGCUGGAGGAGUACGAGCGGCGGCUCAUGUCGCAGGAGGAGCAGACGGGGAAGAUCCUGCGGGAAUACCAGUCCCGUCUGGACGAGAGCGAGACCCGUCUCCGCCGGCAACAGGAGGAAAAGGACGGCCAGAUCAAAGGCAUCAUCAAUAGGUUAAUGGUGGUGGAGGAUGAGCUGAGGAAAGACCAUGCCAACAUGCAGGAUGCCAUCGAUGCCAAGCAGCGGAUAAUCGACGUUCAGGAGAGGCAGAUCUCAACGGUGGGAGCUACCAACUCCCGGCUGAUGAGUACCCUAGCUCACAUGAACGAGGCCCAGCUGAAUGGCACCACGACGUCUCGCCCGCCAACGCCUCCACCGCCGCGCCUCCAGAUCACGGAAAACGGCGAAUUCCGUAACGCCAGCGGCCACUGAUGCCGGAGGGGAGGGGGGGGUUAAGAGGGUUAAGGGGACAAGGUCCACUCUGAACAUCUCCCACGCCCACCACUUCUCUCCCUUGUCACCCCAUCUCUCCCCCCCCCUC